UGAGGAUGAGUUCAGUGAAGACCAGUUCAAUGGAGAUAUGGUAACACAAGUGCCAUAUAGUGGUAGACAUCUGUCCAGACGUGUCAAAUCGGAACUGCUUUACAACGAGAAUUACGAGACGGAGGACGGAAUGCCUCAUUUGGAGGCAGAGUUGGCUCAAGAAUCCGAUGCUUUGCAAGUGAUUAACACCGAAGAAGACAAUCUUAUGAAUAGCGAUGAGGAAGAGGUUUAUGAAGACGAUUAUCUAUCGGAUGUGGAAGCAGGUGAGGGCCCCUCCACUGCCAAUCUCAAGUACACUGUCGAAGAAUAUGUGGAAUCAGUGGAACCGAGAGGUCUCAUAAGAAAUCCCAUUUCAGUGAUUCCUCGAAGAGCUAACAAACCAUUCAUUAGUCGAAAUAGAAGAAGGAAAAGCAUUCAUAAGGGAAACGAUUCCAAUGUCAGUCUCAACACAAAUUCAUUGCUUAGGACGGGAGGCCAACCGAUGAUUAGGACGCCACCCAUGAUAACGGGCGUACUUGCCAUCAAAGCGGAUCCGGACAAAGUGGAGAUCAUUCACUGCAAUCUGUGUCCGCGCGUCUUCUCGCAGACCUCGAGUCUAAGCAUUCAUAUGAAGCGAAUCCACGGCAACGAACAGAAGGAACACAUCUGCGAGUUGUGCGGAAAGAAGUACGCCUGGAGGUCAGGCCUAUACAAACAUAUGAGGACUCACCGCUGAUAGACCUCAGGCUAAACCAACAGCCCUUUCCGAUUGCCAGCUC